CGAAGGAGAUGCAGCACAUUCAACGAUUGAGCAACAAAUAAAAAGAAUACUUAAAUCUGGACCCAUUUAUGUGCCUUCCCAGUACGUAACCGACAUCAGAAGUGCAAAAAAACAUGGCACACCAUUCAAAGUAAACGAAAUGGCUUAUAACGAUUUCAUUGACAUCAAACAACUGCCCGUUCCUAGACUAAACAAAAGCGUUGAAAGUGAACUUGUAAAGGUGUCUGAUAUAAAAGUCAUCAAAGUGGUGAAAGUUGAAGAUGAUAAGGUAAAAUUUUGUUACAAAACAUCCUACGUUGAUGAUUUCAAAAAACUUAACCUGGGAUCUAAAAGAGCCAGUGCAAGGAACCAGAGGACUGAAGAAUUGCAACAUCUGUAUAACCAAAAGUUAGAUUUAUCCGAAAGAAAGAAGAGUGACGUGAAAAGCCUUUUAGAUGCUGGUUUGAUACCCAACUUUUACAAUUCCUACUUUGACAGAGUUUUGAACUAGGUGGGUAGUGUCCACCCUUUAAAAAAAAUGUAGUUGAUUAAUUAUUGUUUGUAAGAAGAGGUUUUUGAUAGUUUUUUUUUGUGAUCUAUUUUACGGAUUUUUGUGCGAAAAUGUUUUUAAGUUACUGUUACUUUAUUAAUAUUUUUCUCGGUUCUAGAACUUGAUGCUUAAAAACCGAAUUGCUAAAAGACGACAGGUUCUUACAUAAUUCAGUUUUAAAUUCAGUUUUACAAGAUUUUAUAGGAUGUACCUACAUGAUGUUGAUACAAUAUUUUUUAUAAUUACUUACGGUUUUUUGUGAAAAACAAUAUUUUUAAGUUAAGUACCUACUGUGAGUUAUAAUAAAUAAU